UUUCAGACAUUGGGAAAUCCCCAGGGUCUUUCCACUUUUGUAUAAAGCCGGCCAAGCGGCAAGAACAACUUGAACAGAUACAGCACUUUUUAGGCAACAACGAAGAUCUUCCCAAGCACCAAGGAUCAUCUACAACCCCUGAGUGCCCGCUAUGGCUACUAACCCUAACCCCAUACCUGGUCUAUUUGCAUCGAGUAUGAGUGAAGCCAAUCCCACUCACUGCCCUCUGUGCAACACCCCUGUCGCCGGUAGCGACGGGCUACAGCUGCACUAUCUCACCAGUUGUGAGAGCUAUGAUAGACUGUCCAAUGAGCAACCACGCCCCAAACCAACAAAUGUCACACCCCCUUCUGCUCAACGUAACACUUUUGAAGAUGUGCAGCAUCACCCCAAACAAAAUACCACACCCCAUUCCUCUCAACGCAAUAUGUUUGAAGAUGAGCAGCCUCGCUCUAUGCCAAGUGCCACACCCCCUACCAACACCUUUGAAGACCCAUCCUCCACACUGGAAAAUGUGGGUGGGACUGGCGGGGGUGUGGCUACUCCCCCGAGUGGUACUAGCACCGUGCAAUUCAUGUGGCAGCCGCUGACUGAUAUAUCGUAUCCCGACAUAAUGCUCUUAGCUUCAUUCGAGCCCGGUAGUGUUUCCCUUAAGUUGGACUCUGACGGAGGUCACUAUGUCUCAUCAACUGUGGCGAUCCCCAAUGGGACUUACGAGGGACAACUGGUAAUCGGAGACAGCUUCAUCCAUCCUGUCAAAAAGUUCACUGUCAACAAUUCUAAUGACCUCAUCGUACUCCAGUUUGAUGUGGAGCAAGGCAAAGAGUCGUCAGCUGACAGUGAUUUGGGAGUUCCUCGUUACGGUACUGGCAAUAUGCAACAGAACCCAAGCUACAGUGGAGUAUCGAGCUACUCGUACAGUAACCCCACCUACAGUGGGUAUAGCCGCCUGCCACAGGACCUUGGUCACAGUGGGGGAGACCAGGGGGGAUCUGGUGGGAGGCACUUUACUGAUAUCAGCAGUGGUUUUGGAUACUAUGACGGUUAUCGAACGGCACCAAACACACCACAAUCCACUGUUCAAGCUCGAUUGGUCAGACACACCACCGCUACCACACCCAGCAGCUUCGUACCCACAACCAGCCACCCUAGGACCACACCCCAUUCCACUACCACCUCUGUGAGAGCUGCAGACCCCCUAUCAAGGACGACUGCACAAAUGGACCCCCCACGAAGCACACACAUCACUACAAGUUCUGAGCCCCCACCGCCAAGAACAACACAUAUCACUGCGAGUUCUGAGCCCCCACCACCAAAGACCAUACCAGCCUCUGGGAGACUCCCCACAGUGGACCCCCCACGAAGAAGCACACACAUCGCUGCGAGUUUCGAACCAGGGAGACCUCCCGUAGUGGACCCCCUACCAAUAGGAGCACCCGGUGUUUCACCAACCCCUCAAACUAAACCAUUGUCAAAAGCAAGUACGUCAAAAACAAGCUCACGAAGGAGUGGUAACCACGGAAACCGAGAGCCUGUACGAUCUGUUUCGGAGUUCAAUGUGGGAGAGCUGAGAAAGGGGGAGGAGUUUCCAUCUGAUAUGAAUGUGUACCAGCAGCUGUUAGAGGGCGUGACUACCGAGAGAGAUGAACUGAAACAGAGUCUGGAACGUGUGAAUGCUCGUUGGGACGGGAAGGUCAAACGUCUGGAGGCUCAACUGGCUCGUAUGAGUGACAACACGGCUAUUGGGGGGGACAACACACAAGCUCUACAAGAGGCUCAAGACCGGAUCACCAUUCUCCAACGAGAAGUGGACACUCUGAGGACAGAGAAGGACACUACAUCGACUGGUUCAGCUGACCUGGAGAAAGAGCUCCAGGAGCUCAAGGAUAGGAACACUGCUCUGGAGCAUCAGCUCUUGGAGUAUGCCGAGACCAUCAAUGAUCAGUCAAAGUACAUGCGUAGCCAGGGUGCAUCUCAGGGUUCUGGAGGAAUGAUGGCUGAUCAGGACUUGAUCCACAUAUCUGCUUUUGCCAAGAAACAACAAUUGGAGCAUGCUGAAGCAUUGGCUGAACUCCAAACAAAAAUCUCAUCAACGUCAGACACCAUUUCCAAUGUGCAAUAUACGAGCAUGGGGAUUUCAGCAGAGAUAGAAGAGUAUCGAGUGCAGAACGAGAGAUUUGUGCAGGAACUGGCCCGGAAAGAUGAGGAGAUAAGAGUGCUGAAACUGGGGAGAGGAGGAUCACAAAAUCGACUUGAACUUGAGUUGGCCACAUUGCGAGAGAAAGUGAGUGCCUACCAGGAGGAGUUUGAGAAUGUAACUCCACUCAAAGACGAAAUUGAGCACCUCAGAGAACGCACAGCUCAGCAAGAAGAGGAGAUAAGACGACUAACUGCAGACAACCGAGACCUCACCAGUCAGUUCCAGACACUUCUUGAUAGCUCAGAGAAAGCUGACCCUGAAAUUGCUCGGAAAGCAAUCGAGUACGACACUUUGUUGGCACGAUAUCAUGACUUACAACAGACACGAAUAGGCCUUGAGAAUGAGGUUCAGCCCUUACGAGAGGAAAGAGCAUCAAUGCUUCGUGAGAAUGCCCUAAUGCGAGAAGGAAGCAACCCUGAGAGCUACAGGAAAUUGAGGCUUGAAUACGACACUCUGAAAGCUCGUUGUGAAGAAGUUGAGAGUGUGUUAGCAAUGAACGAGGAUACAAAUCGUGAGAUGCAGACAAAGCUCAAUGAUGCUACUAACCCCGAUAUGCUUGUCAGCAUCCAAAGCAGAAUGAACAGGUACAAAUUGGAAAGAGAUCAGGCCCGCACGCAAAUAGAAGCUCUUGAACAGCAGUUAGCUGUUUCUGAGGUUGGAAGACAAGAAGCCAUAGAAAAUUUACGUGAAGCUACUGAGCAAUCUGAGAGAAUUAUAAACGAGUUCCAGCAAAAUGUAGCCCGGCUGGAAGAGGAGCAAAGUCGCACAGACGACAAAAUUUACAGAUAUAGAGAAGAGCGAAACCAGUCGAAAAAGAGAUGUAAAGAUAUCGAGAAACAGCUUGCAGAUUGGAAAGGGUUAAUUCUUAAAUCACCCCAUUUUCCUUCAAGCGACCAUGACGACCAGUCCGAUACAGCCUCUUACAGCUCCCCUUACCCCCCUAGUGACCAAACAGGCUCUCCUACCAGCGACUAUCACCCACAAGCAUACACAGACGAUCAUCACUUCCGGCCUGAAGACCCGCAAACAUCUCAGCUCGAAACUGAUUUAGCUUCUCUAAAUAUGGAACCUUCUAAAGCACAUCGAAAGCGUACAACAUCAGGCAGUCGAGCAAAGCAGUACAAAGAAUCAUCCUCGUUUGAAAUGGCGGACGUGAAGACGAGUGAAGGUACUAAAGUUAUGAGCAUCGGUAGACCUCGUGGGGCGUUGAAUGCCAAAAACAAGCCGAGGGUGGUGAUCAAGAGGGGGGAGGAGUUUGAGCAGGGAACACUGAUGUUUGUAGGGGAGGUAUGUGGAAAGGAACUGGCAGGAAUACAAAUGGACUGUCGGGUAUCAAAGCCCAGUGGGUCAGGGGCAAGCAUCUCUUCUGGGGACAACGAUGGCACCUGCAAGAAGAAUGGGAAGAGAUAUUUCAAAUCACCUAUGGGCUAUGCUCUCUAUGUGCCAGUGACAAAGGUGUUUGUAGAAAUGGAGUCAGCUUACGUCUAACUGUUUUAUAGUCAUAGUAAUAAGUAUUCGUGUUUCUUUUGUUGUUUGUUGUUGUUUUUGUUUGUUGUUUGUUACAAGUUUGUUUGAACUGGCGGGCGUUAUACGCCCUUGGAGGUAUAAUUAUUCAUAAUUAUGGUGUUCAUUAUUACUUUUG